AUCAAGUCUGAAAGCAGACGCGCAACUUUCGCAGAAUCCACCUUAAAAUCUCUGCCUUAAACUGCACCAGCCCCCAAAAAAUCCAAGGGGGGAAAGCAAGGGGGGGGAGAAGAGAGCAGAUUCCCCCCUCCCCCCUCUCCUCUCCCAUCCCUCCCCCUUCCUCCUCCCUUUUGGGUUAACAAGGCCCUGCUCACUAUAUCUCUUUAUAUUAAAUAUAUAUAUAUUAGAGAAGAGCAAGGAAGAGAACCACCUCCGCCCCCUCCUUUUUAAAUUUUUUUUUUUUUAAAUUUUUUGCAAGGAUCCCAGGAGCUAAGGUGGCUGCAAAAGGGGAAAGCGGCGCGAGCCAAGUGGGGGAGGGUGGAGGAAACCCGGGAGAAGGCUUUCUCCAGCCCCCAAAGUUUUGAUGAUGACCAUGACUACGAUGGCUGACGGCUUGGAAGGCCAGGACUCGUCCAAAUCCGCCUUCAUGGAGUUCGGGCAGCAACAGCAGCAGCAGCAGCAGCAGCAACAACAGCAGCAGCAGCAGCAGCAGCAGCAACAGCCGCCGCCGCCGCCGCCGCCACCGCCGCCGCCGCCGCAGCCGCACUCGCAGCAGACCUCCCCGGCCAUGGCAGGCGCGCACUACCCUCUGCACUGCUUGCACUCGGCCGCGGCGGCGGCGGCGGCGGCCGGCUCCCACCAUCACCACCACCAGCACCACCACCACGGCUCACCCUACGCGUCGGGCGGAGGCAACUCCUACAACCACCGAUCGCUCGCCGCCUACCCCUACAUGAGCCACUCGCAGCACAGCCCUUACCUCCAGUCUUACCACAACAGCAGCGCGGCCGCCCAGACGCGCGGGGACGACACAGAUCAACAAAAAACUACAGUGAUUGAAAACGGGGAAAUCAGGUUCAACGGAAAGGGGAAAAAGAUUCGGAAGCCUCGGACCAUUUAUUCCAGCCUGCAGCUCCAGGCUUUAAAUCAUCGCUUUCAGCAGACUCAAUACCUGGCCCUUCCCGAGAGAGCCGAACUGGCUGCUUCCUUAGGACUGACACAAACACAGGUGAAGAUAUGGUUUCAGAAUAAACGCUCUAAGUUUAAGAAAUUGCUGAAGCAGGGCAGUAACCCCCAUGAGAGUGACCCUCUCCCAGGUUCAGCAGCCCUGUCGCCACGCUCGCCAGCGCUGCCUCCAGUGUGGGACGUUUCUGCCUCCGCCAAGGGCGUCAGUAUGCCCCCCAACAGCUACAUGCCUGGGUAUUCGCACUGGUACUCCUCACCACACCAGGACACCAUGCAGAGACCACAAAUGAUGUGACUUGUCUGAGUGAAAGGCCUCGGGGACUUCUGAAGGAAGCUCGGAGGUUCCAGGACUCACCUGCAUCUGCCAAACAGCCUAAGCGAUGAGCUCAGAGGAACUGUCCCUGUGAUCU